AUGUCCGAUAAGAUUGAGGUGUUACUCUAUGGACUAGGAGCCAUUGGCUCCUUCUAUGCCUUCAUCUUAAGCCGCUCCAACCGGGUCCGACUAACUGUCGUCGCACGUUCAAAUUACGAUGCGGUCAGCACAAAUGGAAUUUCCAUACACAGCGAGAAUCACGGCCAGCAUACCUUCCACCCACAUCGCGUGAUCCGAUCUAUCACCGAAAUCCCUCCAGUGGAUUAUAUCGUGUGUGCCCACAAGGCUCUGGACCAGGAGGAGGUUGCGACACACUUACGGCCAGUCGUGCGAAAGGACACCACCAUCGUCAUCAUUCAAAAUGGAGUGGGCAAUGAAGAACCUUUCCGAAAGGAAUUUCCCGGAAACACCAUCUUGACUUGUGUGACUUGGGUUGGGGCAACGCAGACCAGCCCUGGCGUGGUGAGGCACACCAAGUCCGAGGACAUGCAGAUCGGUCUGUUCCACAACUCAAUAAUUGCCGGAGACGUCGAACAGCAGAGACUCGAUACAUUUGUUGAUCUACUCCACAAUGGCAGAACGCGAUUCCAAGUUCUCGACAAUAUGCAAAUCCAGAGAUGGGAAAAGGUUGUCUGGAAUGUGGCUUGGAACUCUUUGACUGCCAUCACCAUGGUGGAUACACAGACUUGGCUGCAUUCAUCUGAAGAUGCAACACCAUUUACUCGACAGCUGAUGCAGGAGGUCAUCCAUAUUGCGCGUGGUUGCGGUGUACCUCUGCAGGACGAGUUGAUUGGACAACUGAUGGACAAAAUCAACUCCAUGCCCGGCAUCGGAAGCAGUAUGCAAACCGAUUGUAAGAAUGGGCGACCGAUGGAAAUCGAUGUGAUUUUGGGGUAUCCUGCUCGCAAAGCCCGCGAUCUUGGGAUCCAGGCCCCAUUCCUGCAAACUCUCUACCUGAUUUUGCGGGCAAUUGAUGGCCGACUAAGAGCUGCCCUCUAA